CUCUGGAACACUCACAGCUCUCACUCUCUCUGCCUGUCUCUCUCUCCUCUGGAUGGAUGGAUGGAGCACUCACUUUCUCUCUCUCUCUUCGCCUUUGCUUGUUUAUUUAUUCCUUCUCCCCGGCCAUCCAUCCAUCCCAACCCAUCCAUCAAAUCCGCUUCGGCUUCUCUCUCUCUCUCUCUCUUGCAGUCCAACCAAGUCCUAGGAAUAACACAGCGCAACAACUCGCACCACCACCACGCCAUCAGUGCUUCGCCGGGCGCGCGGGUGGCCGGCCGGGUCAGUAGCAGUGCCGGUGCGUGCACCUCUUCUGCCACUCACUCGAGGGUGGGAGCUAUACCAGCUUCUUGUCACGCGCGCGAAGGCGGCGACAAGGGGAUCGACCAGCUACCUCGCACAUGUUCCCGGCCGAGGUAUCGGCGCUCGCGGCGGCGAGCGGCGCCGGCGCGGGGCGUCAGGCUGCAGGCGAGGCCGCUGGCGGCGGCGUCCUCCCGAUGCUGCCGCCUUUCUUCAUGGGCUCCAUCUGGCCCGCUAGCUCCGAGGAAGACGAGGCCGCGGCGGCGGCGGCGGCCGCGGCCGCCCACGACCGAGCUCUCGCCGCGUCGCGCAACCACCGCGAGGCCGAGAAGCGCCGGCGCGAGCGCAUCAAGUCGCACCUCGACCGCCUCCGCAACGUCCUCGCCUGCGACCCCAAGAUAGACAAGGCGUCGCUGCUGGCGAAGGCGGUGGAGAGGGUGCGGGACCUGAAGCAGCGGGCGGCGGGCGUCGGGGAGGCGGCGCCGGCGCACCUGUUCCCGACGGAGCACGACGAGAUCGUGGUGCUCGCGUCGGGCAGCGGCGCCGUCUUCGAGGCCUCCGUCUGCUGCGACGACCGCUCCGACCUCCUCCCGGACCUCAUCGAGACGCUGCGCGCGCUCCGCCUCCGCACGCUCCGCGCCGAGAUGGCCACACUCGGCGGCCGCGUCCGCAACGUGCUCGUCCUGGCGCGCGACGUCGCCGACGGCGGUGUCGUCGUCACGGGAGAUGAUGACGGCUACGGCGGCCGCGCUGCUGACUCGGUGGGCGCCACGGACGGCGCCAACGGCACCGGUGGCGACUUCCUCAAGGAAGCCCUCAGGGCUCUGGUAGAGAGGCCGGGCGCCGCCGGAGACCGGCCCAAGAGGCGACGGGUCUCGGGCAUGAACAUGCAAGCGGCAGCAUAGCUACCCACCACACGCCGGCCGGCUGCGGCGGCCGGUGGGCUGAUCGUCUCGCUCGGUCAUAGCUCAAAUACCUAAUUGCAUGCUCAUGUCAAACAUAUAUAUAUGGUACUACCUCCAUCUCCAUGUUUAGUAUUUGUGUGCUAAUAUAAUGAGUUGCUAGCUACAUGUAUCUUCAUCACCUAUCCUCAUGCAUGGCUCUUCUUCUUCUUCAGAUGCCAUGCAUGCCAUUAGGGGGGGGGGGGGGAGGAAAAAUAUAUUCCUAGUAUGGUAUUGCUAUUAGGGUUUGCUUGAGCUUGAACCAAAUGCUGUUCCAAAGCCACUGCAAACCUACCUUUGAGCUAGAAUAACAAAGAGUCAGGCAGCACAAUGCAAGGUUGCAGACUUGUUAUACCCAACUAGUUUAUAUUGGAAUUCUAAUAAGAUGUCAAGUUUUUGUUUUCUCUCGCUGACAAGCAAGUUCAUCAACAAGAAGCAACAUGUGCACAUGUCCAUUUUUGCA